AUGGCAUCAGACGCAUACUCUGCAGCUCAUGCAGCUGACACGGAAGUUCUGAUUCGACGAUCUAUGACAAAAGGCUAUGAGCUGUUCUCAUUGUUGACCCCACCCAUCUACACCGCAUUCAUUUUGGCGCGGAAAGGAAGAGGUCAUUUUACCAUAAACCGUCUCCUUCGUGCAACAUGGCUAGGUGGUGCUGUUGGUUGUGCUGGCGGGGGUGCACUUGAGUACGCACGGUCUAUUAAUUCGAACGAAGUCACUGUUAGAUCAAGGAGGAUGCGUCAUGCAUACGAUACGUCGUCGCUCAGAGCCGAUGACCACUCCACCGUUGGUGCUAUACUGUUUGCAGUAUUAACCCCUGCCAUCUUCUGGAAGAGAGCUAACAUAGCAAAUCUGAUAUUGGGAGGCGCAGGUUUUGGUUCUGCUGCAGGAUUCCUGACACACUAUGGGAGAACAUUCACAGGUGACCCAGCCCCAAGAGUCGAAGUCCCACAAAUGCCCGUUUCUUCUCAAGAAAUAUGA